ACCACCUCUUGAGGGCGGAAGUAAAGGCACCGGCUAGUAAGGGCGGAACUCAACGAGCCCGGGAGAACUGCUCGCCGGAAAUGACGACUGAGUGUCAACAUGCAAGAUGGCGGCGCAUCACAGGCAGAACACGGCUGGGCGGAGGAAAGUUCAGGUAUCGUAUGUGAUCAGAGAUGAAGUGGAGAAGUACAAUCGCAAUGGGGUGAAUGCACUGCAGCUGGAUCCUGCGCUGAACAGGCUCUUCACAGCGGGCCGGGAUUCUAUCAUCAGGAUAUGGAAUGUCAACCAGCACAAGCAAGAUCCUUAUAUCGCGUCUAUGGAACAUCACACCGAUUGGGUCAAUGACAUUGUCCUCUGCUGCAAUGGCAAAACGUUAAUCUCUGCAUCUUCGGAUACUACCGUUAAAGUAUGGAAUGCACACAAGGGGUUUUGUAUGUCCACCUUAAGGACACACAAGGAUUAUGUGAAAGCUUUGGCUUAUGCAAAAGAUAAAGAACUGGUGGCAUCUGCAGGACUGGACAGGCAGAUAUUUCUCUGGGAUGUAAAUACUCUCACCGCACUGACUGCCUCCAACAACACAGUCACUACUUCUUCUUUGAGUGGAAACAAAGAUUCUAUCUACAGUCUUGCGAUGAACCAGAUGGGAACAGUAAUUGUCUCUGGGUCUACAGAAAAGGUCUUAAGAGUCUGGGAUCCAAGAACUUGCCAAAAGCUGAUGAAGCUGAAAGGACACACAGACAAUGUAAAGUCUCUGCUGUUAAACAAAGAUGGGACACAGUGUCUCUCAGGCAGCUCCGAUGGAACAAUCCGACUGUGGUCUCUGGGUCAGCAAAGGUGUAUAGCCACCUACCGCGUCCAUGAUGAAGGGGUUUGGGCUCUCCAGGUUAAUGAAGGCUUCACACAUGUCUAUUCAGGAGGGAGGGACCGGAAGAUCUAUUGUACAGACCUACGGAAUCCUGACAUUCGCUUGCUUAUAUGUGAAGAGAAAGCGCCAGUUCUAAAGAUGGAACUGGAUAGGUCAGCAGACCCUCCUGUGGCACUUUGGGUGUCAACAACUAAAUCCUCUGUAAAUAAAUGGCCUAUCAAAGGUAUCCUGAACUUCAGAACUUCUGGAGAUUAUGAGAAUGACUGCAGCACUCCGCUCAGCCCAAUUUGUACCCAGCCUGAUCAGGUUAUUAAAGGGGGAGCUAGCAUCAUCCAGUGCAAUAUUCUCAAUGAUAAAAGGCACAUAUUAACCAAAGACACUAAUAACAAUGUGGCUUACUGGGAUGUUUUAAAGGCGUGCAAAGUGGAGGAUCUGGGAAAAGUUGAUUUUGAAGAAGAAAUAAAGAAAAGGUUUAAGAUGGUUUAUGUACCGAAUUGGUUCUCAGUUGAUCUGAAAACUGGAAUGCUGACGAUAACACUAGAUGAGAGCGACUGCUUUGCUGCAUGGGUUUCUGCGAAGGAUGCUGGAUUCAGCAGUCCGGAUGGAUCUGACCCAAAAUUGAACCUUGGAGGUCUCCUAUUACAAGCCCUGCUGGAGUUUUGGCCCAGAACCCACAUUAAUCCCAUGGAAGAAGAGGAAAAUGAAGUGAAUCAUGUGGCAAAUGGUGAGCAAGAAAACCGGGUACAGAAAGGCAAUGGGUAUUUCCAAGUGCCCCCACAUACACCAGUUAUCUUUGGUGAAGCUGGAGGCCGCACCCUUUUCAGGUUAUUAUGUAGAGACUCUGGUGGAGAAACGGAAUCCAUGCUUCUCAAUGAGACCGUGCCGCAGUGGGUGAUCGAUAUCACUGUAGAUAAAAAUAUGCCGAAAUUCAACAAAAUCCCCUUCUACCUCCAACCUCAUUCAUCUUCCGGUGCAAAAACUUUGAAAAAAGACCGAUUGUCAGCAAGCGACAUGCUCCAAGUCAGGAAAGUGAUGGAACAUGUAUACGAGAAGAUAAUAAACGUGGAUACAGAGUCUCAGACAACGAGCUCGUCCAAUAACGAGAAGCCGGGAGAACAAGAAAAAGAGGAAGAUAUCGCUGUGUUGGCAGAAGAGAAGAUCGAGCUUCUUUGUCAGGACCAGAUAUUAGACCCUAACAUGGACCUUCGGACUGUAAAGCACUUCAUAUGGAAGAGCGGUGGUGACCUCACACUCCAUUACCGUCAGAAAUCCACGUGAAAGUCGCAAACAGACCCGUCCAGUCAUUCCUUUAAGUCGACUGUACUACUGGUAUAAACAUUAGUACUGUAUAGAAGCCUACUGAACUACAUGCAGCCAGUACAGACGUACGCUUGUACGCACAGCAAAUUAAAUUAACAAGGUCCCAAUGUCUUCACCAGUUGGGGUAUUUAUACAGAAUGGCAAAGUCCUUUGUUUUUUUUUUUUGUUUGUCUUGAGUUAUGUGAUUGAUAAUCCUGAACAGUCCAGUGCUGCUGCAGUACCUACAUCUCGCCUCUUGGGGCAGAUUUGGCGAAGCUUGGACUUCAGAGAUUAUAUAAUAAUUUGGGCUAAAUUUGAAACCCAUAGCAACCAAGCAGCACUGGUUUAGAGAAGUUAGAGUAAUGAUAAUCCUAUGAUUGGUUGCUAUGGGGCAGACCCUCCCUGUGUUCCUACGUAACCCUUUCCUUGUAAAAUAACAUUCCAUUCUGCUGGCACACACGCUGAUUUCUAUUAUCUGUACAGGGGGUGUAAGUCACGCACACAACCCAAUAUUUGUAUAUUUUCCCCACACUUUUUUUCCGUUUUGUAGUAAAAUUGAGUUUAAAGGGAUCCUG